GGAAUACUCCUACCGGAGUCACAAGAGUAUCGCCUCGUCCGUAUGCAUUGCAAAUAUGUCUGGGUCUGGAAGGAUGAAAACUUGUCAUGCUGUGUUUGGAUUCAAAAAAAUCUCUAUUGCAUGAACAGAAAGAGAAGUCCAGUUUGCGCUAUGCGGAGAGGGCAUUUCUCAUGCGGAAUAGGUAUCAGAAAGCCCUCGAACGAUCUGUGAUUCAAGGCCACGCAUUACAGGCAUCAUGGACCAUGCAAAAUAUGCAUGACAAACCGGGGAAUCUUCCAGACCCAGACGUACUUGCAGUGGAUACUCCGACUGUGAUGACAAAUUGUCCUCGUGCAGCAGAAGGCAAUGCAGUAGUCCGAAAAGCUGCUCCGAUGACGACGACGACGAUGAUGAUGAUUCGAGCAACCCAUUUUUCAAAGGGGCAUUGGCAAGUGGCAAUCCAAGUUUCGGGCCGAGAGCUGGAGCGACCAGCCAACAGGUAUGGAUAAUACAAAUGUGUAGUUCAACAUCUUUCGGGCAGAGAAAAGAUGAAGUGAUGUGCAACUUGUAAUGCAGCGUGGGCGUGCUGGUGUGGUCUCGCAUUCCUGGCGUACUCAACUAGACCAUACUCAAGAGCAGGUCCGUCUCUGACAGAGACUCUUUUCGUCAUGCGACAUCACAUUUUUUCAUGCUUAUUACGAAGUGCUUGUUGACAAUCCCUCUUCACAACUUAGCAUAACAAAUUUCCCCAUCCCGCCGGAAAAUUAAAAUUUGCAUUGCAUAAACGUCACAGGAACGCCAGCACCCGCAUUUUUCCUGUAUGGAGCCCCUCGUUCUCUCGGAUGAUUCGGAUCAAGGCGGGGGAGAAGGAUCUUCAGGUACAUGAUUUUUUUAUUCAUGCGGAAAAAAUAAUAUUUCUACACGACUCUCAUGUCCAGCUUCGAUCGAGUCUAGACAAUUCACUGUUGUCGACUAUCCAUGGCCCUCCAACCAAAAUCCCACCCCAGGCGAACCCGCAAGUAGAGUGGAUUCCGACCAAGACGAGGACAGGACCAGUUCGCGGGUAGAGCAGGAACGGCUCCCCGAGUGUGGUCGUGACGGGGAGGGGGAGGGAGAGUGCAAGGCCCAGGGGCCGCGACAGCGAGAACAACGACAACCAGAAAAUGAUUCGAC